UUCGUAAUCCAUGAAGACCUGCUUUGUUCUAGCUCUGGUCACUUCAAGAAGCUCUUUCAACAAAACCGUAAAGCCAUCGAAGGGGAAUGUUCGAUAUGCAUCGAAGACCUCUCUGGCUUCUUAUCAGUCUGCCACUGCAGAAGCUGUGGACAAAACUUUCAUACGAAGUGUCUUGACGACUGGCUGCAGCGAAAAGCAACAUGUCCAGUGUGCCAUGUGGACAGGCCCAUAACCGUUGACUUAGUCCAAAGCAGAAUAUGGGAUGCUGCCAAUGGUGAACCAUGGGAUGUGUAUAUGCAGUGGUUGUAUACCGGAGCAAUUCCAGUCCAUCCCAAAGGCCUCAACGAUGACGGCACUAAACACUGUCAGCUACUAAUGGUGUCGCACGUGCUCGGCGAAAGACUCGAGGACGAAUUAUUCCAGAAAGCAUUGCAAAAGGAGAUUGUCGAAGACGUCAGGAUAUCUUCGCGUGCAAUCGGCUAUCACAAUAUCGGACAGGUGUAUCAGCUCACGAAUGGAGCUUCGACGCUUCGCAAGCUACUGGUUGAUAUGUACAUCGCUCGGGCAGAC